UCUCCAACAUGUCUCAUAGAUAAUGUUGCCUAUUGUACUGUUCUGUCUGAUCCGCUACACGACCACUAGCCACCUUAAAUACCUCUCUGAUAGUGAUACACUGGACCACUUAGGACGGCUUGGUUUCCUUUCUAAAUACGUACAAGAUGUCACGUUUGAAGAGAGAAGUAUGGAUGAUUUGAAGUCGAAGAAGCACGCUAAACGGAGACCCGGUGAAGACGAGGAUAUAACGGAGACCUGGUUGAGACCUGGUGGUGUUCACACCAGACGGAGACCUGGUAGCUUGCACACACGACCUGGUGGGGUGGUUGUGUUUCCUAGAAGUCUCAUACUUCAGGAGUUGGAGAAUAGCAGGACUGUUCUCAACUACUUGGAUGAUUUUGGGUACCUUGAUGGUUACGCCAGUCUAAAAUCUAAAGUAAAAGAUGAGGGAUCACAUCAGGAUGAUCUGACUAUGAUGAGUACUGAAGAUCUUGAAGGAGCUUUGACGCUGUUCCAGUCCAUGAAUUCUUUGUAUCCGACAGGAAAUGUUGAUGAAGAAGUCCUAGCACAGAUGAAAAUCCCACGGUGUGGGGUUCCAGACAUUGAUCCCUACGAUCCAGGAGCACUUGCUCAACUCGGACUGGAAACAAUACAGGGUACCAACGGGCUGAAAGGCGGAUGGAAGACCUCUCUGUUUAAUAUUAAACCGGAAGACUUUGUUGCAUUCAACAAAAGAUACGAGAUUUCUGAUGAAAAAUGGCUGAAAAACAAGCUGUCUUUUCACAUAGAGAGCAUCAGUGACACGCUAGACAAACACACUCAAAAUGAGAUAGUCCAGGCUUUUGAAGUGUGGACUCAAAGCGUAGAACUCUUUCUCUACGAGGUAAAAGACAAAAAGAUAGCAGAUAUAAGGAUACAGUUCCUGGAAAAGGACCAUGGUGAUAAAUAUCCAUUUGACGGGCCUAUGGGGGUCCUUGCACAUGCUUUCUACCCUCGUAGUGGAGAAAUCCACUUCGACAAUGACGAGGAAUUCACCCGUUUAUCCGACAGAGGGGUUAACCUAAGAUACACAGCAAGCCACGAGUUCGGGCAUACUUUGGGGUUAAAACAUUCCGUCAAGAAAGGCUCCCUAAUGUCUCCUUAUCAUCCUGGCUACACAAAAGAAAUUCGCCUACAACACGAUGAUUUGGAGGGGAUCUCUAAGAUAUUCAAGCUUGGAAAAGGUGCCGUGUUUACUGCUGAGACAUUUGAGGCGAUGGAGUACCAAAGGUUUCAACAGAAUGAAUUUGUUGGCUCGCAAGAUAAUAAACCUCUUGCUAUGAACUCGCCAUGUAUUGGAGUAAUAGAUGCAGUAAUCCAACACCCUCGCAAGAAAACUCUCUUUUUCUUCACCAAAGACAUAUACUACAAGGUAGAAAGAGAUAAACUAGGUGAGAUAGGUGUGGUUGAAGGUUACCCAAAGUACAUAUCGGAAGGGUGGGAUGGGUUGGAAAACAACAUUGACGCUGCUUACGUUAACGCUACUAUAUCUGCAGCGUUCUUCUUUAAAGGGGAACAGUACUGGAAGUAUGAUUUUAUCCAGGAGAAAAUGUACCCUGGUUUCCCGAAAGCGACCAUGCCGUUAGUCUCAAAACAUCUUAAAGCAACCAUGAUGUCCGGUAACACCGCUUACUUCUUCUCCGGAGAUAAAAUACUGAAAUACGAAAGUUCAACAAACACGGUACAAACAUUCACUGAUAAGCACGUGGAAUCUGACGCAGCAUUUCCCCUCUUUGUGAAGGGCUACUUUGGAACCACGUACGGGUCCACUUACUCCAUCUACCGAGUAAAGAACAUGGAAGCAGUCCGUGUGUAUCACGGCCGACCCCUUUCCUGGGACUAUGGGUUACCCAUGUGUGUGGAUCAUCUCAUGCACAAUCGAGUUCUCAAUCCUAAGAUGAAACCGUUCUGUAACGCAUAUGCUUUGCUGGCUUUUACUGAUUACAAUUUGGAUAUCCCGACCGAGUGCUAUGGUUUGGUGAGGCCAUUCCCAGCGUUCCCGCUGGAAGCGAUACAUGAUCUGGAGAUACAGGAAGAGAUACAGGGCCUCGAGACUAUUGAACUUUGAUAAUGCGGUGAAGUUGAGUGCAGGAUUUGGACUGAUGUGAAAAUAUAUGUUGUUAUUUAAAGAUUUAACCUGAUCUUUGUUUUGAAGUU